AUUACACUUUGCAGCAAGGUUGGUUGAACGCCAGCGGGUUGUUGAUGUUCAAUCAAAAGUCGUCAGUCACUGGUGGAGAGGAGUCGCAGCAAUCAGGCCACCACCAUGCAGUUUCUAAGGGGAGUCAUGGACACUGUGUCCGCCGUCUCCAACCUCUUCUCCAACCCCUACCGCGUCAGGGAAGUACAACUGUUGGAGUACAAUGGAGGGGGGAAAGUCAAGCUGAAGGAGGAGGGACGCAUGGUGCUGUACAAGAACACCCCCUGUCAGAGUUGGGACUGCCUGCUGAAGUGCCCUGAUACGCCCACCGUCGCCUUGAGGUUGUUCCAGGUCAGCUCCGAGGAGGACGCCAUGAACUGGUUCCCCCAGUACGCCCUCAAGCUUCGUCCCUUCUACGAGACCCUCCCCCUCCCCAAGCCCGAGGCUGUCCAGCCAAUAGUAGACUGCCUCCGUAGCCACGCUGACUGGAGCUCCGCCCACAUCGCUGUGGAUACGGGCCUGAGGGAAUGCCUGAAGCACAACUACGUCCAGAGCCAGAUAAACGCCAGGGACGGUGCUGGUCAGACGCCAUUACACCUGGCAUGUGAGCGGGGGGACGUGGCGUGUGUCAGAGAACUGCUGGAGGAGUGCCAGGCUCGCACCGACAUCAAAGACAAGAACGGGGAGACGCCCAUGCAUUGUGCCGCCAAGCAGGACUCGGCUACUAUUAUACAGGCGCUGUGCAGUAGGAUGUGUGCGGGGGUGAAUGAGCUGAACGGGGCGGGGGAGACGCCCCUCCAUGUUGCUUGUCGCCUCGGGAGGGUAGAGGCUGUGAAUGCCCUCCUGGGGGGCGGAGCUCGCUGUGACAUCAUUGGGGGCAGUGGCUACCCAGUCCACGCCGCCAUGAAGUACAGUGAGAAGGGUUGUGCUGAGGCUGUCCUGAAUGCAGACCCAUCUCAGCUACAGGCAGAAGAUGCCGUCUAUGGAGGAACCCCCUUACACUGGUGCAAGACUGCAGAGAUGUGUCGUACGCUACUGGAGCGAGGUUGCUUGGUGAACUACCUCAGUAAGACAGGGGAGAGUCCACUACACGUCCUGACCAGGAGGGGGCGCUUCGAUGCUUCCAUGGUGCUGCUGACACACGGGGGGGAACCCAACCUCAAGGGCCAGGAUGGGAACACAGCCCUGCAUCUGGCUAUGAAGAUGGACCACAUGGAACUGAUCAAGGCUCUGAUCGUGUUUGGAGCCGACGUGGAGAUACACAAUGACCUGGGAGAGACUCCCGGACUGAUAGCAGCACGCACUAGUAAAGGCUCCAACAGAAAGGUGCUACUGGACAUGCUGUGUAGUGUAGGGGUUCAGCGGUGCGCCCCACCCUCCUCCUCCCCCCUCAACUCCCAUCCUCCCCCCAAGAAGGCUACUUCGUCACCAGGCAUAGGGUUCGAGGACAUCAUGCACGUUGCGGCGGCGGUGGGAGCGAUGAGUCGCGGCCGGGAGGAAGUGGACGGGUUCAAAACGGGAAGCAGGAAGAUAGACAGACUGCUGUGCCUGGAUGGAGGGGGCAUUAAAGGCUUGGUUCUGAUCCAGUUGUUAAUCGCCCUGGAGAGAGAGGCAGGCAGGCCCAUCAAGGAACUCUUUGACUGGGUUUCUGGGACCAGCACAGGGGGUAUACUGGCCCUGGCUAUCAUCCAUGGUAAGGAUAUGGAGUAUCUGCGAUGCCUCUACUUCCGUAUGAAGGAGCAGGUGUUCAAGGGGUCGCGACCCUACGAGUCGGCCCCUCUGGAGGACUUCCUGAAGAAAGAGUUCGGAGAGAACACCAUGAUGACAGACGUACGACACCCCAGGGUGAUGGUGACCAGUGUGCUGGCAGACAGACAUCCAGGAGAGCUCCAUCUCUUUAGGAACUACGACCCCCCCUCCCUGCCCAGAGAACGCCCCUACGCUGUCACAGCCACCUUCCUACCCCUCACCAUACCACAAGAGCAGGUCGUGUGGAGAGCCGCCCGUUCCAGUGGCGCCGCCCCCACCUACUUCCGACCAAUGGGGCGGUUUCUGGACGGAGGGCUGCUGGCCAAUAACCCGACACUGGAUGCCAUGACUGAGAUCCACCAAUACAACAAAUCCCUGAAGGCAGAGGGGCGUGGCUCAGAGGUGCAGCGUCUAGGUGUGGUGGUUUCUUUAGGGACAGGUAAGCCUCCCCAGGUAGUUGUGAAUUCUGUAGACGUGUUCAGACCCUCCAACCCUCUGGAACUGGCCAAGAGCUUUGUAGGAGCCAAGGAACUGGGCAAAAUGCUGGUGGACUGCUGUACAGACUCUGAUGGUUGUGCUGUGGACAGGGCCAGGUCUUGGUGUGAGAUGACUGAUACGAUCUACCACAGACUGAGCCCCCAGCUCUCCCAGGAGGUGAUGCUGGAUGAGGUGAGUGACGCCGUGCUGGUGGACAUGCUGUGGGAGACCCAGAUGUACCUCUACGAACAGAGGGAGAACGUCCAGCUCCUGGCACAGCAACUACUCAACGGCUACUGAGAGAAAGAGGAGGGGCAGGGGGAUGGAGGCAUGCUAUGGGAGACCCAGAUGGACCUCUAUGAACAGAGGGAGAACGCACAACUACUGGCACACCGGGGUUAUUCAUUAUGCCGAUUCUGUUGCAAAACGUUUUGUAAACGGAAGCAAAUGGAACGAAACGGGGAACGACCUACCAAGACCUACCUACUAAUUUGUCCAAUAGAAACUCAAAUUUUUUUUGCAAAAUUGAACGUUUUGCAACUGUCUGGACUAAUGAUUACGCCCCGUCUAACUCAACGGCUACUGAGAGGGCGAGAAGGAAGAUGAAAACGUUCUUGAACGUCCAUCACCUGAUGGUUUGUCUGAGAGAGGGGGAGAGGUAAAGAGGAGAGAGAGAGAGAGAGAGAGACAUACAGGAAGAUAAAAGUAGAGGGAGUGAUGUUUCUUCUCUUUCAAUCUGUACUGGAGACUGAAUGUUUGUCCUAAGAGCGUUAAUUCUUCCUCACAGACGAAUGCAGUCAAAGUAAAAACCUGGGGAAAGGAAGAUUCAGCUUUUGCACAACUGUACUGAGACUGACAAAGUGUCAUAUUAAAAAAUAUAUUCUGAAAUGCUAACAGACUGGAAAAAGGUAUGUACAAUUGACCUCAUCUUGACAUCUACUGACAUUGUAUUUAUUGAGCUAAUCCUUAAGAUAAUCAUAUUUACAAUUUAUUUUUAUUUUUAUGUCAUUAAUUGCAUCAUGCAGUCAUGUAAAUGAUAUGAAUCCACCAGUCCACCCACUAUCUCCUGUAACUACUGUUGUCCCCUAUCAUUUCUGCCUUCUUGCUGUCUUAAGCUCUCAAACCAUAACUCUUUCAACUGGACGGACUGAAUACAUCCCACAUUACGUGAAUAACUCCUUCUCAACUGGACGGACUGAAUACAUCCCACAUUACGUGAAUAACUCCUUCUCAACUGGACGGACUGAAUACAUCCCACAUGACGUGAAUAACCCCUUCUCAACUGGACGGACUGAAUACAUCCCACAUGACGUGAAUAACCCCUUCUCAACUGGACGGACUGAAUACAUCCCACAUGACGUGAAUAACCCCUUCUCAACUGGACGGACUGAAUACAUCCCACAUGACGUGAAUAACCCUUCUCAACUGGACAGACUGAAUACAUCCCACAUGACGUGAAUAACCCCUUUCUCAACUGGACGGACUGAAUACAUCCCACAUUACGUGAAUAACCCCUUCUCAACUGGACGGACUGAAUACAUCCCACAUGACGUGAAUAACCCCUUCUCAACUGGACGGACUGAAUACAUCCCACAUUACGUGAAUAACCCCUUUCUCAACUGGACAGACUGAAUACAUCCCACAUUACGUGAAUAACCCCCUUCUCAACUGGACGGACUGAAUACAUCCCACAUGACGUGAAUAACCCCUUCUCAUCUGGACGGACUGAAUACAUCCCACAUUACGUGAAUAACCCCUUCUCAUCUGGACGGACUGAAUACAUCCCACAUUACGUGAAUAACCCCUUCUCAUCUGGACGGACUGAAUACAUCCCACAUUACGUGAAUAACCCCUUCUCAUCUGGACGGACUGAAUACAUCCCACAUUACGUGAAUAACCCCUUCUCAUCUGGACGGACUGAAUACAUCCCACAUUACGUGAAUAACCCCUUCUCAUCUGGACGGACUGAAUACAUCCCACAUUACGUGAAUAACCCCUUCUCAUCUGGACGGACUGAAUACAUCCCACAUUACGUGAAUAACCCCUUCUCAACAGGUUGUGACACAAUCUAUCUGCACUAUUUGUCUGUGUCUGAAAUGGCGCUCUGGUCAAAAGUAGUCUACCUAGUGAAUAGGAUGGCAUUCAGACACAGACUUCACCACUUGUUUUUUGUAUUAAUAUCCUAUAAUGUACUGGUUUGUAUUGACUUUAUUAUUGAUGAUGAAGUGAACAUAUGAAUAAAAUAUUAACCUAUGGAACUGAA